AUGAAAACCUCAGCAGCACUUCGGAGGGCACUUCUGCCAUUUUGGGCUCGCUACUCUGGCCUGCACAGCCUGAACUCUCGCUCCCUUGCAGCCCAACCUAGACUCCCCGUGGCAACCACGACACCCCUUAGCUUCCUCGGCUAUAAGCUUCGCGCUAGGCCCGGCCCCGAGAACCUCUCCGUCGUUCCUGUCUCUGCGUCGUCCUCGCCCACUGCCGAAGGACGUAAGCGAAACUCCAAGAUGAGGAUUGGGUGCUUGCAGUUCGCGCCUCAGGUCGGCGAUGUCGAUGCCAACUUGAGUCGCGCCGAUGCCGUCCUCUCCGGAGCUGAUCCGGACGACCUGGACAGCCUGGACCUGCUCGUCGUCCCGGAAAUGGCAUUCAGCGGGUACAACUUCACUUCGCUCAGCCACAUCACCCCGUUCUUGGAGUACGCGGGGACUGGCAUCAGCUCACUCUGGGCACGCUCAAGAGCCCUCAAACACAACUGCCACGUCGUUGUCGGUUUCCCGGAGCAGGUCGACGUCUCUGAUAGGUGGCCAACCUCGCCUGAGUACUACAACUCCGCCAUCAUAGUGUCCAAUGAAGGCGAGAUGAUAGGCACCUACAGGAAGCACUUCCUGUACAUGAUCGACGAGACUUGGGCCUUGGAAGGCCCCGGCUUCGGCAAGGAGAAUAUCCCCGGACUUGGCCAGACUGCCAUGGGCAUCUGCAUGGACAUCAACCCCUACAAGUUCGAAGCCCCAUGGCAUGCCUUUGAGUUUGCCUUCCAUGUCUUAGAGGUCCGAGCAAACCUGGUCAUCUUGUCCAUGGCAUGGCUUACUAGAGAUGACCCAACGACCUUUUGUAGCAAACCUGAUGAGCCUGAUAUGGAGACUUUGACUUACUGGGUGCAACGUAUGGAGCCCAUCAUCCGCGCCGAGAACGACGAUGAAAUCGUCUUCGUCUUCUGCAAUAGAUGCGGUAUCGAAGGCGACACCGUGUAUGCAGGGACCAGCACCGUCAUCUCCAUCAAGCAAGGAGAGUGCCGAGUUCAUGGCUUGCUUCCGAGGGGCCGGGAGAGCCUCCUUGUCGUCGACACCGACAUCCCACCUCUUGGGAAGCUCAUAAGCCGCGCAGAUGCAGACGCGGAAUCAGAUACACCGCCUGAAGAUACAUCGGUGCCUGCGGCUUCUGCAGGCGGUGGUUCCCCAAAUGGCUCCCCAUAG